ACGAAACUCAUCCAAUCCAACAACACGAAGCAAGAACGAGCCGCCUCCCUUUAUAACUCCUUCCCCUGCCCUUCCUCUGUCUUCCUCUUUCGGCACUCCGUAGCCACUCGCCACCACCAUCAACCCAAAAGGGGAUUCUUCAUCUUCUUUUACAAGGGGGUGUGGUCCGUUAGUUUCUUUCGUUUCGAAUUUCUCUAUUUCGAUCGGAUCAAGAUGCAGCAGCAAUCCAACGGCGGAGCCGAUCUGAACCCAUCUCCCACCCCUCCGCCGGCGACGAGCAAUAGCAGCAGCAAUCACCAGGGGGCGCAGCCGUAUCAGCCGCAGCAGUGGGGGCCGCCGCAGCAGCAGCAACAGCAGCAAUGGAUGACGGCGAUGCAGUACCCGGCGGCGGCCAUGGCGAUGAUGCAGCAGCAGAUGAUGAUGAUGUACCCGCCGCAGCACCACCCGCAUCACCAGGCUUACAUGGCUUACUAUCAGCAGCAACAGCAGUACCAGAAACAGCAGCAGCAGCAGCAACAGCCCAUGUACCAGAAGCACCAGCAAUAUAACAAGCAGCAGAAUCAGAUCCAGGCGCCGGAGGACGCCAAGACUGUCUGGGUCGGCGACUUGCUUGUUUGGAUGGACGAGAUUUAUCUUCAAAAUUGUUUUUCUCCCACCGGCGAGCAGGUUGCAUCUGUUAAGGUUAUAAGGAAUAAGCAAACCCAUCAAUCAGAAGGAUAUGGUUUUGUUGAGUUCUAUUCACAUGCGACGGCAGAGAAAGUUCUGCAGAACUACAAUGGAUUUGUAAUGCCAAAUUCAGAUCAACCGUUCCGUCUUAACUGGGCAAGCUUUGCUGGCGAAAGACGAGCAGAACCGAAUUCUGAUCUGUCUAUAUUUGUUGGAGAUUUGGCUGCGGAUGUCACUGAUUCUAUGUUGCAGGAGACAUUUUCUGGCAAAUAUCCAUCUGUUAAAGGAGCCAAAGUAGUUAUUGAUUCCAAUACUGGCCGGUCGAAAGGUUAUGGUUUUGUUAGGUUUGGCGAUGACAGCGAGAGGUCUAGAGCUAUGGUGGAGAUGAAUGGUGUUUACUGUUCAUCUAGGCCCAUGAGAAUAGGUGUCGCCACUCCCAAAAAGUCUUCUCCGUAUCAACAACAAUAUUCUUCUCAAGGUGCGUGUGUCCUCACUGUCUGUUUUUGCUGUAUGAUACUUAGAAAAUGUAUUCUCUCUGUAUUUUGGCUGGCCAUCUUUGUUCUUUCUUUAUUAUGUUUGCCAGCUUGGGCAUUGAGCAUUCCGACAUUUUUAUUUGGUUUCUUGAUUUUGAGUUAAAGGUAGCAAAUCAACUACAAUAUUUGAUUUAUUCUUUGAUGUCUUAGGUGUGGCACUGUGUUGCUUAAGUUACUUGUACAGACUGUUUCGAACAUCAUUAUGUUGCAGAAGUGAGCUUUCAAACUCGAAGCCUGUUUUAAUUUUGAGCUCUUAGUUUUUGGACAAUUAAACUACAAGGAAAUUACGGAAUGGUCUUGUUUAGUUAGCUGUUUUGCAACCGAUUAGUAACUCAUGGAUCUAUUUUCUCAUUCCAAUUUCAAGCUUGUUACACCUUGGAUGCUCUCUGAGCAUUGUCUUCUUGAAUUUAAUCCAGUCUCACCAUUUGGAUAUCCCUACUUGGAUCCAUUUUGGAUAACUUGGCGAGGCUAUUGUUUAAACACAGUUGUAGUCUGUAUAAUGUGCUUUAAAGAUUGAUUUUUUAAUUUUUGCUUAAUAUUAUUCUUACUAGCUUUGGUUUUGGCUGGUGGUGGUGGACAUGCAUCAAAUGGCAAUUCAGCCCAAGGUUCCAAUGCUGAUGGCGGCGAGAACAACACAACUAUAUUCGUGGGAGGAAUUGACUCUGAUGUUAGUGAGGAGGAUCUAAGGCAGCCAUUCAGUCAGUUUGGUGAUGUUGUGUCUGUGAAAAUACCUGUUGGGAAAGGCUGUGGUUUUGUCCAGUUUGCCAACAGAAAAGAUGCCGAGGAAGCCCUACAGAGUUUGAAUGACACUGUGAUUGGCAAACAGUCUGUUCGCCUUUCAUGGGGCCGUAGUCCUGCAAACAAGCAGUGGAGAGGGGAUCAUGGGAAUCACUGGAACAGUGGCGGCGGCGGAGGGUAUUAUGGAGGGCAAGGCUAUGGUGGUGGUGGUGGGUAUGGACACAACACUGCACAACCCAAUCAGGAUGGAGGCAUGUAUGCUGCAGCUGCUGCUUCUGGGGCUUCAUAGCACCAAACUUGGGUCUCUCUUUCUUACAACGAUUCAAUUAGAAGAACGAGUCCAUAACCUGAGGCUCCGCGGAAGAGGUGAAGAGAUAUGAAACUAGGGUCAUGAGCAACGACAUGACAGAGAAUAGGAUGCUGCUGCUGCUGCUGUUGCCGCAGCUGCUGAUGGCCAUUGGCUGCUGCUGUACUAUCUAGAGAAUUUUGUAGCUUGCUAUUGUUUUUAAGUUGGCUCCGGAGACUGCCUUAAUUCUACCGCUACUAUUACUAUUAUGUUAGGUGGGUUGUAUUGGCAGUGUUCUUUUAGCCAUGGAUUCUUGUUUGCUUGGAUGUUUGCUUGGAGAACUAGCUACCAGGAUUUUUUUAAAAACCUCUGGGGUUAUUAUAUUUUCAUAUUUUACCAGUCCAAUAUUUAGAACUUUAACUCUUCCCUCUUAGUAUGCGAAUGAUA